AUUAAAAAAUAUACAUUUUACUGGCAACUCUGGAAUUUUUUGGCGGUAGCGUGAUUAAAUUGUUAGGUGUUUUUACAAAUUUUUAUAAUAUAAUUAGCCGAUGGAACAAUGAGCGAUAGCGAGGAGUAUUAUUCGGAAGAAGAGGAUGUUGUGAUAAGUGCUUCUACUUCAGGACGCUCGAGUCGUUCUUCUCGUUAUGGUGGGGCCGUUGCAGGUAAAUCCUCUCAUGGCCGUUAUAGCAAUGUUACAGUGGAAGACACCGAGUCUGACGAGGAUGUGGUGCAACCAGGUCGACGCCUUCAACAAAAAGGCAAACAGAGACAAGUAAUUGAAUCGACUAGCGAAGAUGAGGAAGAAGAUGCUCGUGCUUUCUCGCCGCGCACGCGUAUGAGCAUAACUGGUGUAAGGCCUAAAGAUCUCGACGAUGAUUCUAGUGAAAUAGAGUACAGUGGAGCUGAUGGGGAGGAGGAGCAACCAGAUGAGCCAGAAGCGGAUGAAGAGCAGGAAGAUGCAGCCGCUGCUCGUUACCGUCAGGCCACUGAUGGGGCUGCCAAUCUUUUGCCUCGUUAUACCACACAGUUUGUCAACCAAAUGGAGUCCAACAAUCUGCACUCUACUCUCUUUGGAGAUGCCUUGGAAGUGGAAGUGGAAGAAUCAUCAUCUCAGAAUAAUUCUGCUGGCAGUGAUGUGAUGAUUGUAAGCAACCGCCAGCCACUUAUAGAAAUAUCUAGCACAGAAGAUGAUGAUAGCAUUGGCAAGGAGAAUAGAUCUGGACCGCCGUUUGCAUCGCGGUCAACGCGCCAUCAUUCACCACGUAGUAGUGCUGGAGCGGCUGUGGUAAAGGCCGCGAAAAAUCUUGUUCAACCGACUAUUCAAAUGGCUCUAAAGCAACGCACUUCACCAGUGCCAUCUGCCCCAAGACGAUCACGUAUAAAAAGCGAAGAUCAGCUUGUGGCAAAGCCCAUUUACCAAGAUGAGAUGCGCAAACUUAACGAAUUGAAAGUGCAGCUGAAUGAUGCCGUAAAGUUAUAUCAAAAUGUGUCGCAUAAAUUGCCAGAUAAAGGCUACCAGAUGAGAAACCGUAUAUCUAGCUUACGUGAAAACAUAGCAAAGCAAGAAAAAUUCGUUGAAGGAUUAAACGUGGAGAAAGUAACACCGAAAAAGGUUACUAAGCCUACGGUAGUAGCACCCGUUCGAAAGUCCAAUCAAAAUGAGGCUCCAGACUGGGAUGAAUUGUCGGCGGCAGUGAAUCAGAUACAGCCCAAGUAUACGGGAGCUCAAGGCUUGGCCACAUUCAAUACACAAAAGGCCCUAACUGUGGAUGCAUUAAAGGAUUUGCAUGGCUCACUGAAGGGUUGUCCAGCGGAAAAUGUCAUGGCCGAUGAUCCCCAGGGAUUAAAGGUUCAAUUAAUGGGACAUCAAAAGCAUGCGCUCGCCUGGCUUUCCUGGCGUGAAAGUCAAAGUCCCCGCGGUGGUAUUCUAGCAGAUGAUAUGGGUCUGGGAAAGACUUUAACUAUGAUAUCCUCUGUGCUAGCGUGCAAAAAUCGGCAGGACGCUCGAGGUGAUGCUGGCUCAGAAAGCGAGAGUGAUGAUGAUACUGGAAGUAAGCGAAAGAGCACAGGUGGUUGGAAUUCGAAGGGGCGUAAAGAUUAUCACAAAGGCGGCACUUUGGUGGUCUGUCCGGCCAGUUUGCUACGCCAAUGGGAGGGUGAAGUGGAAUCAAAAGUAUCUCGCAAUCGUCUUACUGUGUGUGUGCAUCAUGGCAAUAAUCGUGAAACGAAGUCCAAACACUUACGGACCUAUGAUCUCGUGGUAACCACUUAUCAGAUUGUAGCUCGUGAGCAAAAGGCCAGUGGCGCUCUGUUCGGUAUGAAGUGGCGCCGCAUAAUCCUGGACGAGGCUCAUGUUGUACGCAAUCACAAAGCUCAAACAUCGAUUGCUGUUAGUGCCUUGCGUGCCAAAUAUCGUUGGGCCCUUACCGGAACUCCCAUUCAGAACAAGGAACUCGAUGUCUAUGCUUUGCUAAAGUUUUUGCGUUGUUCGCCAUUCGAUGAUUUGGCCACUUGGAAGAAAUGGAUUGAUAAUAAAAGUGCUGGUGGUCAGAAUCGUUUGAAUCUUCUGAUGAAAUCAUUAAUGUUGCGACGUACCAAAGCCCAAUUACAAUUGGACGGAAAAUUAAAUAAUCUACCACAAAAAGAGUUGCGAUUGAUUGAGAUAAAUCUCGAUAAAGAUGAAAUGAAUGUAUAUCAGAAGGUAUUAACCUAUUCGAGGACAUUGUUUGCACAAUUCUUGUUCCAGCGUUCGGAAAAAGAUAGCGAUAUGAAUUUUAUUAGCGAUGCUAAUAAACCAACAUAUAAUCAAAUCAAAGAUCCCAAUGGUGCUUACUAUAAAAUGCAUCAAAAGUUUGCCAAAAUGGCUGGCAGCAAAAAGGAGGUAAAGUCCCAUGAUAUAUUGGUGCUAUUACUGCGUCUUCGACAGAUUUGCUGUCAUCCUGGUUUAAUUGACUCGAUGCUGGAGGAUAACGGCGCUGAUAAAAUGGCAAAUAAUAGCAGCGAAGAGGAUUCACCGGAAAUUGAUUUAUUGGCUCAGCUCAAUAAAUUGGCCAUUACAGACACUUCGAAUUCAUCAAAUCGCUCUGGUCGAGGAAGUCGUGGCAGCCGCAGUAGCCGUGGCGGCGCUGAUGAUGAACACGAUGAUGAUGGUCCACCUUUGCGUGGCGAUGAGGCACGCAUUGCUAAGGCGUCCAGUAACGUGCUAAAACGGAGUAAUCCGGUCUUUAAUUUAAAAAGACCAUCUUCCAAGAUGCUAAAAAUUAUUGAAAUACUCAAGACAUCGAUAUUUAGAGGCAAAUCGAAUGAUAAGGCCAUUAUUGUCUCACAGUGGACUGGCGUCUUGGACAUUUUGAGAGAUCAUUUGGAGAAAGAUAAGUUUGAUACUUUAUCACUGAAUGGAACGAUUCCAGUUAAAAGCCGUCAGGAUAUUGUCAAUCAAUUCAAUGAUCCACGCAAUCCAAAACGUAUUCUAUUGCUUUCCCUAACCGCUGGCGGCGUGGGCUUGAAUCUCAUUGGGGCCAAUCACUUAUUAUUAUUGGAUCUACAUUGGAAUCCACAGUUGGAGUGUCAGGCACAGGAUCGUAUAUAUCGUGUGGGUCAGAAGAAGGAUGUAGUCAUCUAUAAAUUCAUGUGCCUGGAAACUGUGGAGGAGCGCAUCAAAGCUCUGCAAGAUCGUAAACUAGAACUAGCCGAAGGUGUAUUGACCGGCGCCAAGGUUAGCACCAAACUCACCAUUGAUGAUCUCAAGGGUCUCUUUGGUAUGUAAUAUUCCACUAUUUUAUUCGCGUUUGGACUUACAUUUAAGUUAAUCAAGUUUGUCUUUAAUGAAUUUAAGCAUUUUAAAUUGUUCGCUUUUUUAUGUUCUUUUCCAAACAGUUUUCGGAAUUAUUUUUCUUCUAUAUUGUUUAAUUUAUUGAGUAGAUGAUAUAUAUACAAAAGUUCCAACUACAAUAUGAAUAGCAUAACAUUUUUGGUUAAUUUAAUAUUAAAUUCUUACUUAAUCCGAUAUAUAUCUAAAACUUAUUUUUGUAUAUGCCAAUGUUAAAUCAGUUCUCAUGUAAAAAUUAAAAAAAAAAAAAAUAAUAAUAAGAAAAUAUGAAAAUUUCAUUUAAAGUAUAAAAUCAUAAUAAUAAUGGAUAAUAAAACUGCAUUUACUUGGCAGCGCACAGCCCACAGAAACAAUGGAUAUAAAUUGGA